CCAAGUAAACGCCAAAUUAGGAAAAACCACGACCCUUUUGGUCCAAGGUGGAACCCUGCGAGCGAAAGAUUUAUUUCUUACUAACGGAAAAAUAGGAAAAAUCAAAAGGAUGCUUGAUUUUCAAGGAAAAAUUAUUAAUCAAGUUUUUUCGGGUGAUGCCGCCCAAAUAAUUGGUUUAGAUUUUCUUAGUGAAGCGGGAGAAAAAUUUUUAACCAUUCCAGACGACAAGUUGAGCCCAAAAAUCAGCAAACUACUAGCGACUCUGGAAGCUCUUAUUGACUUGGUUAAAAAGCAAAUUGCCGAUAAUCCAGUUUUUCAAAUUGUUUCCGGUUCAGCUGGCAACGUUCACGAUCAAUUAUUAAAUUUAGCCAAAAUUACCCAAGAAAAGUUGGUUGAACUAGCCAGAAGAAUCCGUGAAAAAAAACAAGUAGAAAAAAUUUUAGGAACCGCAGAAGUAGUAAAAGUAAUUUAUUUUUCCAAAAUUGGCUAUAUUGCCGGCUGUCAAGUAAUUAGCGGAAUGAUUGAAAGAAAUAAUUUAAUUUAUAUUUCUCGGAAAGGAGAAAAGAUUUUUUCCGGAAAAAUGAAAAGUUUAGAAGUGGAAAAAGAAAAAAAAGAGGCCGCCAGAAAAGGUCAAGAAUGCGGGAUAGUAAUAGAGAAUUUUGAUGAAUUUCAAGAAAAAGACCAAAUUAUUAUCAAAGAAAAAAAACUUUCUCCUUAUCGCGAGCAAGACCUUAUUCGCUUAAUGGGUAAUUUAGAAGCGGAAAACAUUCUCGAGCCCCAAGAAGUCAGUUUGUUACGGGCAGCUUUCAAUUUCGAUGAGGAAAGCAUUGAUAAAUAUUACAAACCUCGUCGAAAA